GUAUCUUAAGUAACAUUUCCAAUGCAUUUUGGUUGGUGGUUAUGACUUCAAUGACAGCGGAAUCAAGAUGGCGGCCGAGGGCGAGUACGAGUCGCUCCUGUGCGUGAAGCCCGAUGUCGGCGUGUAUCGCGUCCCGCCGAGAGCCUCCAACCGCGCGUACAGGGACCGGACGCUUGUCUACAGGGCAGCUGACUGGAAGCUGGACACUCCGGACUGGUCUGGUUGUAUGAGGAUCACAGCCAGGGGCCCGGUGCCGUUCGUCAAGCUGGAAGACAAAGUCUCGGGGGGGCUGUUCGCCCAGGCACCGAUCGAGGAGCACCCUGGCGUGGCAGCGGAGACCGUCAGCGACUCCAGCCGAUGCUUCGUUCUGCGGAUACAAGACGACAACGGUCGCAGCGCUUUCAUCGGGGGCGGCUUCGGGGACCGAGGGGACUCUUUUGAUUUCAACGUCUCUCCGCAGGACCAUUUCAAGUGGGUGAAACAGGAGCGUGAAUUCAGUAAAAGUGCCCAGCUCGGGGAUUCGGGACCAACACUGGACUUGGGCUUCAAAGAUGGACAGACCAUCACACUCAACGUAGGGCAAGGUAAAAAGAGGGAUAAACCCCGCCCACAGGGCAGCAAAGCUAUUCAAAUACAAUUGGUUAAUAACUAAAUGACCAAAUGAAGCAAUUGUAGUAUUAGUAGAAUGAAUGUCAAAAUAAAAUGUGUAUUUUGGGAAUUUCCACAUCAUACAGAUCUUUAAAACGGCUUGUUGUUGAACGAGCAAAACACUGGUAUCGUCCUGUCUAAUAAGCGAUUCAAAUAUCCGUCUCCAGCUCCGUUUCCCCUCCGUCACGGACGCAGAAUGGAUCCAGUUUUGAGUCGCCGCAGUCUUGUUGGAUGUGAUCUCCAUCACACCUGCAUCUGUGUCCCAGGCUUCCCCUGCAUCCCACCGAGGAACAAGCACACACGCACACGCACACGCAUUUGCUUUUCUUUAUGUUUCCUCUCCUCUAAUGCGACUGCAUGGCCCGGCCAGUAGAUGGCGCUCUGUUCAGAGUUUUUCGUCUUUUCCAACUGCGACGGCUCCCCCUGCAGGAGAUCUGAGUUCUGCAGCCGGAGAAUGGAAGCGCGCUCUCUCUCUCUGUGACUGAAUGAUGUGUUCAGAGCUGCUGAACUACUUUUAACUAUAAGAGUUUCUUUAUUGCUCUAAAGGCGGCAUUUAAAUCUUCUUUUUGUGUAUUGGCCUUUGUAUUAUUUCCAAUGAUUCAUAACUUCCCUGAAUCAUUUGGAAAUGACAGCAGCAAGCUGUCUAAUGUAUGUGUGUGUGUAUAUGUAUGUAUGUAUGUAUGUGUAUAUAUAUAUAUAUAUAUAUAUAUAAUCAUACAAAAAAGAAUGGUGUGAAUAACUUUUAACAUUUACAGGAUUUAGCACUUAUACAGUAGUAUUUCUAGCCUGAUGACUGAAUGGUGGUUUGGCCUGUUCUACAAUGUUAAUGUCUCAAAAGGUGGAUUUAAAGAUGCAGAUUAGCUGUUGACUUGAAAUAAAUGCUGUUGGAAAAAUGUA